GGAGACAUACGGUAGCGCUUCCGCCCUCGCUCCCCGCACGGGCCAGGAGAGGCGGAGGGUUGUGUCAUCACUCGGCGCCGGCCUGCCCCGCGACGCGCCGGCGGCUGGCGCAGCCUCUCGCUCGGCCGGCCUCCCCCUCCCUGCUUCCGCGCUCGGGUUCCGCCAUGGAAUCCAACAAGGAUGAAGCCGAGCGCUGUAUCAGCAUCGCCCUCAAGGCCAUCCAGAGCCAACAGCCCGACCGGGCCCUCCGCUUCCUGGAGAAGGCGCAGCGGCUGUACCCGACGCCGCGAGUUCGCGCCCUAAUAGAGUCCCUCAACCAGAAGUCACAGUCUGCCAGUGACCAGCCGCCAUCCACAGACACAUCCCAUGCCACCCACAGGAAAGCAGGGAGCACCGAGGCCCCCUCGGCCAACGGCGAGGCCGGAGGAGGAGCAGAGGGCACCAAAGGCUACACUGCCGAACAAGUAGCAGCUGUAAAAAGGGUCAAGCAGUGUAAAGAUUACUACGAGAUCCUGGGUGUGAGCAGGGGAGCCUCGGACGAGGAUCUGAAGAAGGCCUACCGCAAGCUAGCCCUCAAAUUCCACCCAGACAAGAACCACGCACCUGGUGCCACAGAAGCAUUCAAAGCCAUCGGCACAGCAUACGCGGUACUCAGCAACCCUGAGAAGAGGAAGCAGUACGACCAGUUUGGUGAUGACAAGAGCCAGGCAGCCCGGCACGGCCACGGGCACGGGGACUUCAACCGUGGCUUCGAGGCGGACAUCUCCCCUGAGGACCUCUUCAACAUUUUCUUUGGCGGUGGCUUCCCUUCUAGUAACGUCCACGUGUACAGCAAUGGCCGCAUGCGCUACACCUACCAGCAAAGGCAGGACCGCAGGGAGAACCAGGGUGACGGUGGCCUCGGGGUGUUUGUCCAGCUGAUGCCCAUCCUCAUCCUCAUCCUCGUGUCGGCUCUCAGCCAGCUCAUGGUCUCCAGUCCACCGUACAGCCUGAGUCCGAGACCGUCGGUGGGCCACGUGCACAAACGAGUCACAGACCACCUGGGGGUCACGUACUACGUGGCUGACAGCUUCACUGAAGAGUACACAGGUUCCAGCCUCAAGACAGUGGAACGGAAUGUGGAAGACGAUUAUAUAGCCAACCUCCGCAACAACUGCUGGAAGGAAAAGCAGCAGAAGGAAGGUUUGCUGUACCGGGCCCACUACUUUGGCGACAGCAACAUGUACCACAAGGCACAGAAGAUGACCACCCCGAGCUGUAACCGGCUGUCAGAGACUAUGAAAUCCCUGGAGAACUUUUGGUGACACACACUGAGCCAAGGUGACAGACUGUGUAUUUAAAGAAAGGCAUACAAAGCAAAACCAUUAAAGUGGAAUUGGAGGCCGAA